AUGAUAUUUCAAAGUAGGUAUUUAUUUAGGUACCUACCUGCAGCAACAACCACAGAGAAUAUCCUUAAUAAUUUAAUUGUUAUAAUAUGUUGCUCUAUCUCAUCAAAUACUUGAAUCCUGUUUAUAAUUUUUUUUUGUUACCUUGAGAGUGCCACAGGGCAUUACGCCGAGCCCAACCUACUAUUUAAAAUGUUACACCAUAAAGGUUUUAAUAUCUAGGCAGUAGGAAUUUUAUUCAUUAUUUUUUAUAUGGAUCUCCUUUCCCCUUGUGUCAUUUUCUAUAGACACACGAAUUUGUCAAAUAUAGCUCCGAAUAAAAAAAAUCAUACAUAAUCAUAUAAAUACUAAAAUAACGAAAUGGUUGUUGGCCGAGCUGCAACAAAGGCUGUGAGGCCUUUGCUGUCCAAGGAAUUCUGUGAAGCACGUAGAAGGGCAAUUGGACUGUACAGGGCUUUUUACAGAUACAUUCCUUACAUUCUUAAUUUCUACGAUCUCACGAAAAAUGAAGAAGACAUGCGUUGGAAGUUGAGAGAAUAUUUCUACAAGAAUGCCUGCAUUACUGACGUUCGAGUCAUAGAUUUGUUGGUUAUCAAGGGCUAUUGCGAACUCAAAGAAAUAACUAAUCAAUGGCAGCAGAAGGGUCACAUGAUGAGACACUGGAGCCCGACCAUUGAGCGCAAGCCAACUGAUUUUCUUGGGAAGUUCUACGCAGGUAUAGACUGAAUACGAGAUAAAAAUAUAAUAUGUUGUUUGGUAUUAUAUAAUUAUUAAUAAAGAAGAAAUUCAAAAUUAAA